UUGUCGCACAGUUAUCGUUGAUUAUGUCGACCAACGCCACGGCAACAGCAGGAGCAGCAACCGCUGAACAUGAUGAUUUGCUGGCGAACUCGGUCGGGCCGGAUGAAUCAGGAGGCGUUCCCACCACCGCAAGUACCGUUCUCGCAACGGCUCCUGCGACAACUCCCGCGAGCUUGUUGUGCCUAAGCGAUGCGGUCCUGGAUCUGGCCCUCGGCUACCUGGAUUCGGACAGUCUCGUUGCUUGCCAGGCCACCUGUCGUGCCGUCGGUUCUGCAGCUCAGAGCGCCGGCGUACGACCCGAUUUGUCGAUACCCGCAUUUGGCGACAUAUGUGCUCGUCUAGUUCCGAAAAACAUUUGUUGUGCCUUCACAUUCGAGGUUUUUCUUAGCUCUGACGACGAAGUCUUCGUCCUCCAUUCAAACUCAACCUGCCCAACUUGCUUGCUAACAGACGAUCUCUGGCGCAGCAAGUGCCUUGAGGACUGGGGCGAAGAGCGCCGCGUGCGCCCAGAGCAGAGAUCUGAGCUGGUAUCCACCUUCCUGGAGUCUUGGCGUGCUUGGCGCAGAGCGUUCAACAGUUACCACCCGAGAUUGAACUUUCUCCCACCUGCCGAUGUGGUACGAAUUGGCACCGGUUGCGGUGCUGAGUUCUCCCCUUUUCUGUGUCGAAUUCCGCGGGUUUCGCUGAAUGUACGCGUAGGUGUAUCUGAGGAGGAGCUCGACACCGCGGAAGAGGCGCUAGGCUGGCCUCUCCCGACCCACCUCAGACUGCUGUAUCGCUUCCACAACGGCCAGGCAAGCAAUAGUAGCAGAGGCGGAUGUCCCUAUUUGGCAUCCCUUCUCCGUGAAACCUAUAGGCUAGGCGCACUGCACGAUUCCGAGCUUGUUGUCUGCCAGUUGUCAUGUCGAUCUGUUGUUGCCGCCUGUCUGCGAGCCUUUCCGGCGUACUCGGCCAAGGUCGAAGAAAAUCUACUUUCCCCCCCAUCCACACCCCUACCUGCCGUGUGCAAGGUACAAGGAACAAUAUCUACUUGUAUGUACCUUCAACAUCAACAUGUUUCUCACAAACAACAGUGGCUGCCCUGGGACGAGAAGCUGAUCAUACCCGUGGGUGUGGACGAAGGACGGCCCGCGGUUCUCCCUAAGGUCGUCGGCAGCGGCAUGUCUCUCGGGCUCUUGGGUGGCUACUGCUUCUACCAACGCAUGACCACCUCAAAGCUCUUCUCCCUACAGAGGGGCGUAGUCGGCGGCCUCGUCACUGACGCUUCGUUCGAUGGAGACAAUCGUGGAUACUUCGAAGCGUGCGCGAACCGCUGGGGAACCGACCUUGACACGAUCCGCGCGAGGGGAGGGUUUCUGCUGGCGGCAGGGCCCCAAAUGAUGAAGAGGUAUCGCAUGUGCGGGAUAGGAGAGGAGAGAUUGCCGAGAAUUGUAUGGGAGGCGAAGUGGGCAAAUAAAAAGAGGGGUAGACAACCCACGGAAUGGGUCAGGGUUGUAGAGGACGUAUGGAAGGGGCUCGACAUCGACGAAGAUGAAACGCUGGAAACGGAGGGAACAAAGCUUAGGGUCAGAUUCAGGACCGGAGACAUAGGCCUUCGAGAACGUCGACGAAGACAUAGGACGGUAGACGACGAAGACGACGAGUUCAAAUGCGAUUGCGGCUUCGAAUGCGAAGACCGUGUUCAUGUAGUCGCGGAAUGUCCGUUGUACAAGAAGGAGAGGGAAGUGUACGUGACUGAGCUGGGAAAAAUAGAUGGAACGUACAGGGAGAUGUUUGAGGCAUGGAAUAGAGAGGAAAGGACGGUAGCUGUACUGGGGCAUAGGAGGUGGGUUGAAAAGGCGGGAAGGGAUAUCGUUAGGAUAGACAGACUAGGGAAGACAUUUUUGAGCCACCUUUGGCAAAGUAGAAAGGAACGAUUGGCCAUCGGUGAUCGGUCCUGUGGGAACAAUGCUCCGUCCUCUCGAGGACGCGUGACAUGGGUCGGCAACGACGGCAACGUCCGCUUCGACGGGAAGAGUGGCUCACUCAUGGGGGUAUUUGACGCGGCCCCUGUCUUGCCCCCCUCUCCUAAUCCCGAUGGUGCUCCCGGCAGCGGUGCCGGCGAUGUAAAGCGCCGCCAUAGAGGGGGUAAUCUGAUGACCUGGCUUGAAGAGUAUUUAAGGCGAGUCGUGCGCCUGCAGUGCGGCCACUACAUGGUGAGGUCGAAAUGGCGGGAGUCUAUCCAACGGGCGGGCGAAGCGGUACCGAGGUCGCACCUGUUGCGCGGUGUGUGGCUGUUCCCUGCGGAAGGAGGCGAUGGCUGCGUCACGGAUGUAACCCAGGCCAUGUCCUCGUGCCAGCUUUCCACGCGGCACUGGGAGAUCGACGGACCUGAUGGCUUCCACAGGGAAGUCUCCGGGGAUGGCGUGAUCGGGGUGCAUCCUACCCUGCGUGUACCAGCUCCUCCCGCCGGGGAUGUUCGGGGCGGAGAUAAUGGCGGAGUUUUCGAGUAUCAAAGUAUCACCACUUUGGAAAGGACUCCAGGCACCAUGGGAGGCCACUUUAGCUUCACGCCGGGCGACCUCAAUUCGCCGAGAGGAGCUCAGUUCAACGCCCGCGUGCCCACGUUUCACUUGGAGGAGCCCACGUUCUUGUAUUAGGCUAUCGGCACAACUGUCGAAGAUGCCGUUUCCUGGUGGACGCUUUUCCCAAGAGCCG